AUGGGGAAGCUAUCGAAAGACCGCAGAGACAUCUACUACCGCCGCGCGAAGGAGGAGGGCUACCGCGCGCGCUCGGCGUACAAGCUGCUUCAACUUGACGACGAACUUCACUUCCUGUCGCCGCCUUCGCUGUCGCGGCGCUCACGGCAGGCUCGGCGGGCGCGCGAGGAGGCCCAGGACGCCGAGCUCGACGCGCAGGCCGAGGCGGCGGACGUGGAGGACGACGGCGAGGCGGCUGAGGAUAGCGACGGAGAGCAGGACUCUUGUCAAGGCGAAGACGCCUACCCCGUGCGCGCUGUUGAUCUCUGCGCAGCGCCAGGCAGCUGGUCACAAGUCCUGCGGCGUCGCCUCUGGGAGAACUACCGCCGAAAGCUCGCCCGCUUCGAGGCGCGGAAGGCGCGAGAGACUCAAGCUUCUUCUUCCUCUUCUCCUCCGUCUUCGCCCUCUUCUCCCUCCUCUUCUUCUCUCCUCGAUUCCUCGUUCUCGGCUUUGUCUUCGCCGCCGGCGCCUCCGCUGAUCGUGGCAGUUGAUCUGCAGGAGAUGGCGCCGAUUCCGGGCGUCUUUGCUCUGCAGGCGGAUAUCACGCACGAGUCGACGAUUCGCUCGAUCCUUGAUUUCUUUUCGCAGCAGCCGGCGGAUCUGGUGGUGUGCGACGGCGCGCCAGACGUGACCGGCAUGCAUGAUAUCGACGAGUUCAUUCAGGCGCAGCUGCUUUUCGCGGCGCUCAAGUGCGUCGGUGGCGUCCUCAAGUCCGGGGGGGCUUUCGUCUGCAAGACUUUCCGCGGCGAGCAGAUCCCCCUCGUCUACCUCCAGCUCAAGACACUCUUCGCAGAAGUCCGGUGCUGCAAGCCUGCAGCCAGCCGCAACAGCAGCAUCGAGGCCUUUCUCGUCUGCAAGGGCUUCCAGCCUCUCCCACGGCACUGGCUCAAUGCGCCCUCCGCAGCGACCGCUCCCACAGAAGAGGGAGUAGAAGGAAAAGCUGAAGCAGAGGGAGAUGCGCGCGACGGUGCUGUUCAGGGCUGCCUCGUGCCCUUCCUCGCCUGCGGAGACCUGGCGGGCUACGACGCAGACCGCAACUACCCGCUCGACGCGAAGCAGCACGUCUUCCUCCCUCCCACGCAGCCGCCUGUGCGCCCUCCCUACCACGAAGCUCUCCAACGCAAGCGAGGCGCUGGCGCCGCCGCCUGA